GGUCCUACGAUGGCCUCGAAUCAGACAGACAUUCAGAGAGUUUCAGACUACAUAUAGGAACCCCAACAACCCUAAUAAUAACCCUAUCGAUCUCAAGCAAGCACGAAAGGCCAGUCUCGCCGCCGCCGUGAUGGUCCACUCUAGCUGCCACGUCGUCGGGAUCUUAACGUCGCUGUUUCGCCGCGGCUACGAACGGAUCCCCCCGGAGGAAAAGGAGGAGGUCGAACAGGUGCAGACGCAGGAUGGAUGCAAAAGCGUGCUGUGCGAGGGGUGCAUGAAGGCGAUGGUGGAGUGCGAGGAAGAGCGGGAUGGGGAGGGUCCGGAGGGGUGCGGCGACCGGCUCAUGGCCAGGUGCAGGCUCCAGAUCCGGAGCGGGACGAGCUUCGCCUGCUGGAAGGAUUUGCACGACGCCUCCUACAUGUACACCCUAGCCGGAAGCUGGAGGAAAGCGAUACAUGCAUACGGCGAGCUAGCUGCCUAUUCCCUCAGGAGAGGAAGCGAGCUGUCUGCGGGAUCCGCGCUUCUCCGUGCGGCGAAAUGCUAUGCCGAGAUCGAAGACAAAGGCGCCGAGGAAUUCGCCGCCAUGAAGCUCUCACUGGAGGAGGCGCUCGCGCUCUUCGCCAAGAACGGCGACCUGCGGCUGUGCGCCACCGCGUGCUCCGACCUAGCUGAGUUCCACAUGGAGCAUAACGACUUCCAGAAUGCACUGCUCUUCUACCAGCGAGCCGCCAAGUACCACGGCACCACCAACCGGCGCGCCAACCAGUUCUACAGCUUCAGAGCCCAGCUUGUCGCGUGUCUGCUGGCCAACGAAGAGGCGCUCCGCGCCAAUGGAGUGCUGCCGAUUCACGACUACAAACGGAAUUCCACCGCGGGGUACAUGAAGCCGAGCGAUCCUGAUUGGUCUCUUAUGCUGGACCAGCUGCUCGAUACGACCAGUAUAACACAUGACUAAAGCCUCCCAGCUGCGUUGUUUAUUCCCUUUUCUAUUAACUCGCAAAUACGAGGGCAGGGCAUCUCCUUUAGUGAGUUGAGUGUAUGCAUAUUUAUAUCCUCACUAGUGGCUGGGGCGCCAUCUUGUGACGUCUUUAAUGUAUCUGUAUGACAAUAGACUUCGUUUGACGAGAAGAUAGACGAGCGAUAGUUGCAUGUUGGUGGUU